GGAUUGUGCUCAAUAGCGUUUAUGUGGUUUGGCCUUUCUCCAAAUUACAGUUCAUACUGGCAUUGUAUUAUGUGUUAAUAUGUUUCGUGUUGAAGGAAAUAUUGCUUCAAAUGAGUGUCUCCAAUGAGGGACCUGCGGUUCAACGUGAUACGCAACAUUCCCAGGGCGGCGUUCCGAGACGCUCCUCUACUUGACACGCUGUUGUUAAACAACAACGUUCUAGAAUCCAUAGACGACGGUGCGUUUGAAGGCGUACGGGACCUCAGAUAUCUGUAUUUAUUCAAGAACAAUAUACGACGGAUUGAUGUUAAUGCAUUUAGACCCCUCCAUCGUUUAGAGCAAUUGUUUCUUCAUGGUAACAACAUUGAGCGAAUAUCAUCAACAACAUUUCAAGCGAACAGAAGAUUAAAGAGAUUGCGUCUCGAUUCCAACCCACUCAUAUGCGACUGCGAGCUGCGAUGGCUCGCGGAGACCGUGCAGGGAGGUCAGUCCGAGGUCCAGGCAACCGCAACUUGCAGUCAGCCCGCGCAUGUGCAGGGGCGCGACUUAGCGGAUGUUCCCUUAGCAGACUUCAACUGCAUAACGCAGCCCGCAUCCACGCAGAACGUGGCGGCAGGAUCACGUGAUAUAAAUCUGGGUCGCGGCACUCUUGAUAACAGGGUCCCUCAAGAAGUGCCCCGGAUCACCACGGAUGACAACCGCGACCGCGACAGUCCGGCCAACAGGGUAUCCAGUAACCAGCAGCAGCCGGAAGUGGCUAACCGUCCAGAUUCCCAGACACGUCGUCACGAAGAAAGACAGAGACAAGUAGCGCCUCACGUGGCACCCACAUUCCUGACCCGGCCGUCGGACAUCCAUGCCGCUCAAGGCGACAACGUGGAUCUGCCCUGUUCCGCUUCCGGUUUUCCUCAACCAGAAAUCACGUGGACGCUGAAUGGACGGCAGGUGCGCGUGACGUCACGUGUGAGCCUGGUCGGGGGCGGUCUGCACAUUGUGUCGGUGAGCGACGAAGACCGCGGGGAGUACCGGUGUCGGGCCGAGAACAGCCUGGGUGUCGUCACCGCUACCGCGGGGCUCCAUGUGCAAGUCCCGCCCUCCUUCGUGCUGCGGCCGGUGGACGUUGUGACGGGCGAGGACGGCACGGCGGUGUUCCAGUGUGACGCCAUGGGAGAACCCACUCCGCUCAUCUCCUGGUACAAGAACAACGACCCUAUCCCUAACAAUGGCCGCUUCACGAUCCUGGACUCCGGUCGCACUCUGCGGAUAUCGCGGGUGGAGGCGGCGGACAGGGACGUGUACGCGUGUCGGGCGGAGAGCGCCGCCGGCCGGAUGGAGGCACAGGCGGAGCUCCAGGUCUCCUCGCAGACGGCGCCGACAUUCAACCAACGGAGGGUGGACGAGAUCGAAGUGGAGGAGGGAACCGACGUUCAAGUUGACUGCGCGGCGGACGGACAGCCGGCGCCAAAUUUCCGGUGGAUUAAAGAUGGGGUCACAUUGCGUAACGGCCGGAAGUACCACUCCGAGGGGAUUCAGCUGACGAUCCGGCGCGCCAUUCAGAGUGACGAGGGGCUGUACGAGUGUUUUGCCGAGAACACUCUGGGUUUCGCACGACAUGCAAUCCGCCUGCGAGUGACAACCGCCGUGGUCAGGCCUGGAGACCAGUUUGUCAACAACGCAAUACAGACGGCGACGGAACGUGUAAACGCCGCCAUAAAUAUCACCAGGAGCGAACUAUUCCAGCGCGGACGGACGCACAACGUCCAGGACCUAAUGACUUUGUUCCGAUAUCCCUCCGCGGAAUCACUGGAGCUUGCGCGCGCAGAAGAGAUAUUUGAGGAGACGCUGGAAUUGAUAUACAAACACGUUGCCGAGGGUCAUCAGUACAACCUCACCGGACAUGAGUUGUCUUACCAAGAGAUUGUCUCCCCCGCCCACCUGGCGCUUAUUGCCAACAUGUCUGGCUGCUUCCGGCGCACGUUCCCCCAGCGCUGCACGAACAUGUGCUUCCACAAGAAGUACCGCACCCUGGACGGCACGUGCAACAACCUGCAGUCUCCGAGCUGGGGCUCGUCCAACUCCGCGCUGCAGAGGCUGCUACCCCCGGAAUACGAGAAUGGCUUCAACUCACCCAAAGGUUGGACCCGAGGUCGUCUUUACCACGGCGUUCACCUGCCGAGUCCCCGCCUCGUGUCCUCAGUCAUCCUUUCCACCGAGUUGACCACCACCGACGAUCACGACACGCACAUGGUCAUGCAGUGGGGUCAGUUCGUUGACCACGACAUCGGUCUGACCCCGCAGUCCGUCAGCCAGCACGUCUUCAACGACGGGCGCCGCUGUAACGAGACCUGCACUAACAGCUACCCCUGCUUCCCGAUCCCCGUCCCAGCUAGCGAUCAGCGAGUUCAAGGUCAGUCGUGUCUGGGAUUCCACCGCAGCAGCGCAACCUGUAACACCGGAACAACCUCCAUAUUCUUCAAGACGUUUUCCCACCGUCAGCAAUUGAACGCUCUGACGUCAUACAUCGAUGGCAGCACGGUGUACGGAAGUGACGACAACAUGGCGGAGCGCUUGCGGGACCUCAACCACGAACACGGUCACCUGUUGGUGGGAUCGCUGUCCCAGCAGGGCAAGAGGCUCCUUCCGUACGACUUCCACGGAAUCCUAGGUGCCACUGACUGUCAGAUUGAGAGCAGUAAACGCUACAUUCCUUGCUUCCUGGCCGGCGAUUCGCGCGUUAAUGAGCAACUGGCGCUUACAGUCAUGCACACGCUUUGGAUGCGCGAGCAUAACCGGAUAGCAGACGAGUUGCGUGAAAUCAACCCGCACUGGGACGGAAACAUGCUGUACCAUGAGGCUCGUAAAAUUAUCGGCGGCAUGAUGCAGCAUAUUACAUACACCGCAUGGCUGCCAAGGAUUAUUGGACCUGAAGGUAUGAAAAUGCUAGGGGAGUACCAGGGAUACAACCCUACAGUAGACUCGUCGGUCACGAACGAGUUCACCACUGCUGCAAUGCGCUUCGGUCAUUCGUUGAUACAACCUAUCCUGUUCCGGUUGAACUCUUCCUUCCAGCAGGUACCGGAAGGAAACCUGCCGCUACAUCAUGCGUUCUUCACGCCUUGGCGCGUGGUGGAGGAAGGCGGUGUCGACCCAGUCCUCAGAGGGUUAUUCGCUCAGGGCGCCAAGAAGAAGAUGCCCAGUGAAAUCAUGAACAGCGAGCUCACAGAGAGGCUGUUUGCACUGGCCAAUAAGAUUGGUCAGGAUCUCGCUUCACUGAACAUUCAACGAGGCCGAGAUCACGGUCUUCCAUCAUACACAGAAUACCGGAAGUUGUUUAAUCUCACCGUAGCAACGAGAUUCGAGGAGCUUAGAAACGAAAUCCAGGACCGCGAAACACGCGCUAACCUAGAGCUCAUAUAUGGCAACGUGGAGAAUAUCGACCUGUUUGUUGGUGGGAUGGCCGAGACAACCCUGCCCGGGGCCAAAGUGGGGCCAACGUUCAGACACAUACUCGUCGACCAGUUUCGGCGCCUCAGGGACGGAGAUAGAUUCUGGUAUGAGAACACAAUGGUGUUUAUCCCUGACCAGCUCGUCCAACUCAAGCAGUUUUCGCUGGCGCGUGUGAUCUGUGACAGCGGCGAUGACGUCACGCAUGUUCAGCGUGACGUAUUUACUAUGGUGAAGUCGCGUGAUGAGUACCUGCCGUGCCGGAAUAUACCGCAGAUCGAUCUCAAGAUGUGGAGCGACUGCUGCAUGGAUUGUGGAAAAGCAGGGGAUUUCCGGUCAAUUACGAAUCACUUCCGGCGACGCCGUGACUCCACCAGAUUCUCGUAUCAGAGUGACAAACCGGAAAGUGAAAACAAGACAGUGACGUCACUGGGCGACUUCCGGUCGAGCGUGUACAGCAAACAUGUGGUGGACAUUCAGAUGCAGGAAAUGAAACUGCGCAUGCGUGAAAUGGAGACGCUUGUAGAUGACAUGGAGCACGCCAUGAAAAAAAUGAAGAAAAAUAUGGCAACGAUGAUGUCGCACGCUGCCAAGGAGAUGUUCUGUAUGGAAGACAGCGGCGAAAAGCGAAUGCACGGGGAUAAGUGGUCGCGGGAUGACUGCACCGUGUGCCGAUGCAAGAUGGGAAAGACUCGAUGCAAGACCGUACCCUGCCCGACUCCUAACUGCCCGUUCCCCAAGAAAAUGCCGGGGCAGUGCUGUAUGGUCUGCUGACGAUAGCAAGCCGCGUAGGGAUCUCAUUAAACAUUGUGUUACAAGGCCUUCAGCGCGUGUAAUACUGUCUUUGUAUUACCUUAUUUGGUAGAUCGACUUUCAAAGUCAUGUGACUGACAGUUACUGAUCUAAUAUGUGGAUUUUUACUGUACUGUUCUGUUCUUUUUUUAUUUCACUGCCAAAGUAUUACGUGUUACGUAAAUGGAAAAAGGUAAAUUUAUAUGAAGUGCAUUAUCGUCGCUGCAUCCAAAGGGCUGCACGGGAUCAUGUGCCAACAAGAACCAGAGAUUUACGGUGGAUGCAGUUCUGGUACAAAUGUGAUUUGUAAUUUUACUGUUUAAAACACGACUACAAAAUGAAUUGUAAUUGUUUCCCGCGAUCCAAAGUGUUGUGUUGUAUUAAUAUAUUUAUUCAAUGAUGUUGAUGAUUUUUCACGUUUUGCAAUGCAGUUUUAAUUAACCAAUCAACACAUAACAUGUGACUUUAAACGUGUUUCUUCUUUUUACACGUGCUUGUCCCGUAGAUGCCAUACUCUGGAAAUGUUUUAAGUCGUUUUCGAUUUAAUUCCGACCAAAGACCAACAUGUCAAUGAAACCGUUAGAAGAAUGCAACUUCAAGAUACCUCGUUGAACCCUUCCAGUGCUGGAACCGAAUUUUGAAGGCCUUUGCAAACAGUUUGGAUCCA